UAUAGCUGAUCACCAGCAUGGCAGCAUGGCACUUCCUAGCAAGUGGACACCGUAGGUACAAUGCUACAUUACCCCUUUCAACACUCCUCACCUCCUUCAUAUCCCCCUUUGGUCCUUCACUUCGUCACAAUGGCCACCACCAUCACCACCACCGUUACCCAACCGGACAAUGCCGACGCAUGGCCGCCGUCUUCGUCGUCGCCACCACCCAAGAAGGUCAUGUACGAGCUGGCCGCCCGGAACAUCUACUACGCCAAGCCGGUGGCCGCGCCGAGGUCGCUCGUGCAGAUCCUGAAGCCGUGCGGCGCGGCCCCGCCGUCGCCGGACUACAUCCUCCGCAACGUGUCGCUCACGGCGCGGGCGGGGGAGAUCCUGGCCGUCGUUGGCCCCAGCGGCGCUGGCAAGUCCACGCUGCUCGACAUCCUCGCCGCGCGCACUGCGCCCACGCACGGCCGGCUGCUGCUCAACUCCGCGCCGCUCCGGUCCUCGUCCUUCCGCCGGCUCUCGGCGCACGUGACCCAGGCGGACAUCGCGCUCACCCUGCUCACCGUCUCCGAGACCUUUGCGUUCGCGGCGUCGCUUCUGCACCCGUCGUCAGCGUCCGCAGCCUCGGCCGCGGUCAUGGCGCUGCUCGCGGACCUCCGGCUGGCGCACGUGGCGCACACGCGGGUGUCCCCCUUGCGACUCUCCGGCGGCGAGAGGCGGCGCGUGUCCAUCGGCCUCGCCCUACUCCGCAACCCCGAGGUGCUCCUCCUCGACGAGCCGACCUCUGGCCUUGACUCCUCCUCGGCGCACGUCGUCGUCGGCUGCCUCCGCGCCAUCGCGGUUGCCCGCGGCACGACGGUGGUUCUCUCCAUCCACCAGCCGAGUGCACGGAUCCUCUCGGCAGUGGACUCCCUCCUCCUCCUCUCCCGUGGCACCGUCCUCCACCACGGCUCCCUCGCCUCCCUCGACGCCGCCCUCCUCUCCCACGGCCUCGUCGUCCCGCCGCAGCUCAACCCCCUCGAGUUCGCCCUCGAGGUCCUCGACCAGCUCCCCCACCCCUCCCCCUCCACCCCUGAGCCAAAGUCAACGCAAGAACUCACCACGUCGUCGAACCACAACAAGGUGGUCUCGGCGACGUUGUCGUCUACUGCUUCGCCGUCGUCGAGGCUGCAUGAGGUGGCUGUGCUGUACAAGAGGGCGUGGAAGGUAGUGUACCGGAGCAAGCAGCUGCUGCUGACCAACUUCCUGGAGGCGGUGCUCGUGGGCACACUGCUGGGGACCAUCUACAUCCACUCAGGCUACGGUGAGGCCGGCGCGCACAAGCGGCUGGGCCUGUUCGCCUUCACGCUCACCUUCCUACUGACCUCCACCACCGAGACGCUGCCGACUUUCGUAUCGGAACGGCCGAUCGUGCUAGCGGAGACGGCGGCCGGGCUGUACCGGCUGUCGUCGCACGCGGUGGCGGCCACGUUGGUGUUCCUCCCCUACCUCCUCGUGGUGGCGCUGCUCUACUCCGUGUGUGUCUACUUCCUCGUCGGGCUCUGCGCAUCGCCGGGCGCCUUCGCGGCGUUCGUGCUGGUGGUGUGGGCGGUGGUGCUGACGGCGAACUCGUUCGUGCUGUUCGUGAGCUCGUUCGCGCCGGACUUCAUUGCGGGCAUGUCCCUGGUGUCGGUGUCGCUGGCCGGGUUCUUCCUCUUCUCCGGCUACUUCCUGUCGCGCGGUAGCAUGCCGUCGUACUGGGUGUUCAUGCACUACGCGUCGCCGUACAAGUACGCGCUGGACGCGCUGCUGGCGAACGAGUACUCGUGCGCGGCGAACCGGUGCUUCGGGGUGGGCGGCGGCUCCGACGGCGAGUGCUCGAAGACGGGGCACGACGUGCUGGCGGAGAAGGGGCUCACGGCGGAGGAGCGGUGGACCGGCGUGCAGGUGCUGUUCGGCUUCUUCCUCCUCUACCGGGUGCUCUACUGGGUGGUGCUCAGCCGGAAAGCGUCCAGGGCCAAGAGGUGAGUGGCCAACUUGGCCUGAUCUUGCGCACGUCCGUACGUGCAUGUGAACACGUGCAUGCAUGCAUGCAAACAAGCUAGGUAUGUAUGUCAACUGGGAGGGGAGAUGAAGAGGUGAUUAACUGGUAAUUACGCUGUUAUAUACUGAUGUACAUUGUGAAGAUAAAAACUCCUUUAUAAAUGUGACCGAUCGAUGGGUUAAUAAUGUCUUAUAACUUAAAAGAUAUUUUUGUCUUCUUAUUAA